GAAUCCCAGAUAGGGGCAAUGGCUAGUUGCCUCCUUAAUCCUCAGGAACCCUAGGCCUCAACCCCGUCAUGACGUCUCCCCUGUGCUGGCCGGCCUCCACCAACAUCCUGCCUCCUCAGGACCAGGCUUUGACUUCCUCCAAGGCCAAGGGCAAUCCGACUCAGACCCAGCACCAUCACUCCCAAGGGAAGAUUGUGGCCCAUGCCUGGCCCCCACACCAUUCCAAGUCAAGACCCCUCCAUGCCCACAGGGGGAAGUCUGCUGUGCAAACGCAGGUGGCAGAGUUACAAAAGAAGAUACAACUGUUAGAGGGUGACCGGAAGGCCUUUUAUGAGAACAGCCAGUGGAACAUCAAGAAGAAUCAGGAGACCAUCAACCGUCUUCGUGAGGAGACCAGGGCGUUGCAAGUACAGCUGACAGACCUGCUCCAGGGAGAUGAGAAAGUGGUCCAGACCGUGAUUCGGGAGUGGAGGUCAGAGAAGCCAUACCUGAAGAACAGGACAGGACAGCAGGCCCUGGAGCACCUGGACCACCGACUGAGUGAGAAGGUGAAGCAGCUGAACACUCUGCGGCACCAGGUGGGCCUGCGGCAGAAGUGGCUGGACGAGCUCCAGCUGCAGCACAGCCUCCGCGAGCUGGAGAUUGCAGAAAUGCGGAAUGGCAACACGGAGGUGGCCAAGACCAUGCGGAACCUGGAGAACCGCCUGGAGAAGGCCCGGAUGAAGGCUGAAGAGGCUGAACACAUUACCGGUGUGUACCUGCAGCUCAAGGCCUAUCUCCAGGAGGAGAGCCUUCACUUGGAAAACCGGCUGGAUUUCAUGGAGGCUGAGGUGGUGAGGGCAAAACGCGAGCUAGAGGAGCUGCAAGUGGUGAACCAGGAGGCGUUCAACGCCCAGGAUAUCGCCAAGAACCAGCUGCAGUAUCUGGAGGAGACCGUGUUCCGAGAGCGCAAGAAGCGUGAGCGCUACAUAACUGAGUGCAAGAAGCGGGCGGAAGAUAGGAAGCUGCAGAACGAACGCAUGGAGCGCAAGACCCAGCGUGAGCACGUGCUGCUGCAGUCGGAAGAUUCCACCCAGGACAGCCUGCGCGUCAAAGACAAGGAGCUGAAGCAGCGCUGGACCAUGUACCAGACAGAGAUGCUUUUUGGCAAGGUCAAGGAUGCCACCGGGGUGGCCGAAACCCAUGCGGUGGUGAGGCGGUUCCUGGCACAGGGGGAUACAUUCAGGCAUUUGGAGACACUCAAAAGCGAGAACGAGCAGUCGCUGCUGAGGCUGAAGCAAGAGAAGCAGCAGUUGCAGCGAGAGCUGGAAGACCUCAAGUACUCAGGGGAGGCCACGAUUGUGAGUCAGCAGAAGCUGCAAGCUGAGUUGCAGGAGCGCCUCAAGGCCGAAGAGCUGCGCCUUGCUGAGGCACAGGAUCAGUUGGAACGGACCAAGCGGGCUAUGCAAGUGACCAAGGAGAGCCUUGAACACCUGGCGGGCAAACUGAACUGCAUCACAGUGGUGGAUGGCCGCUUCGCGGGAAAGGAGCUGGAUCCCAAGGCAGGGGACUAUCUGCCAGACCUGCUGGGCCUCGUGGAAGAAAAGCUGCUGAAGCUGCAGGCACAGCUCGAGAGUCACAACGUGCCAGGGAUGCUGCGCCACCUCAGCGACGACGAGUUCUACUCCACCCUAGAGGGAAAGCUGCCCACGUACAACACCCGCAUCGCCCUGCCCCUUGCCAGUCUCAAGGACAAGUUCUUCGACGAAGAGGAGAGUGAGGACGAGGACAACGACGUGGUGACCCGUGCGGCGCUUAAGAUUCGUUCCCAGAAAUUAAUCGAAUCUCGCAGCAAGAAACGCAGUCGUUUGAAGAAGUCCUAGACUCACCCUCGCGCACACCUGGCACUGCCGGGCUCCUGGGGAGCUCCCAACCCCUCUGGGCCCAGCCUCAGGCCCACGGGGCCCCCUCAAGGGCUAAACGCGACUGGGAGGAGGGAGCAGAGCAGGGCCCGUGGCGCCGGGAAUAGAGAAGGGGGCCGGACUGCCAGUCGUUCCCAUAGUAAAUCUUACAAGGCGAGCCCGAGCUGGCCUCAGGA